AUGGAGGGUGAAGUCAACGGGCAAACCGGAAUCUUCCCGGCCAACUAUGUGCAGAUCGUUGUCGAUUUCCCAUCAGCUCCACUGAAUGGCACCCCGAACGGAGGAUCGAAAGAUGAUGAUGGCAUCGGAGUGGCCACCGUGAAGCACGCAUUCGAGGGUCGCGAAGCUGAUGAGCUAACCGUCCAAGCGGGGGACAGUGUCCGUGUGUUGCGAAUGGUCGACAACGAAUGGGCGCAAUGCCGAGAGCCGCUUUCCGACACGGUUGGCAUCAUUCCGAUCGCCUUCCUCGAAAUGUACCUUGAUGAUGACGUGGAGGAGAUGGCGGAGAACGUGCAGGACACCAUGAGCUCGACCAAUGCGUGGAAUAGCUCGUCGCUGAGCGGCUCCAGCGCCCCACCGGCAUUUUCCGGAAGUUUCGAUCGGCCGCUUGGCUCACAAAUUUCUAAUGAUUUUGGCCUCAACCACACUGGCGGUUCAUCGAGCUGGGCCAGAUUCGACGACUGGGACAUGGCCAAAGAACCGGAUGCCGUCACACAGACCAGCAAGCUGUCGGAGAAGUACAAGCGCGUGUUGAGCAACGGCAUCCCGCAGCUGGUGGAGCUGUCGUUGUUGUUGGCCGAUACGCUGAAGAUGGAUCUUGAGGAGCCUGUCGAACGACAAAAGAUUGGCGAAAUCUUCAUGAACAUGCAAAAAAUGUUCACCCAUGCCUACGGCUUCUUCUUCCGCAACAUUGAGUACAUCCACGCCGUCGUCGAGAAUAAAUCCGACAAAAAGUUGCAAGCUGCGAUGACGGAGGUGUUGGGCUGGAUGCGGACAUACGGCAGUUUUUGUUUCGACGUCCCGACGGCUGUCAGCCGGCCCGUCCAUCGAGCCUUGAAGUAUCCGCUUUUCCUAUCGGAGAUCAUCAAGUAUACGAGCACGACACAUCCCGAUCACCCCAAGUUGCUGGAGGCGUUCAAACAGAUGAGCAACCUCGGGCAGAAGAUGAACGAGAGCAAGCGGCGCAAAGAAUUGACGCGCAAGUACAGCGAAGAGCAGAGCGCGACGCUCACCCAAAAGUUGUCGCGCCUGUCGGUGCACUCGGUCGUCAAGAAGAGCAACCGCUUCAAGUAUCGGAUGGGCAGCGCCAUCGGCAUUUUGCAUUUGACGCGUGACCCUGAUUUCGAGCAAAUGGUCUCCGAACUCGACCAAUGCGAACGUCGACUCGUGCGCUUCAACUACCAACUGGUCAUCUACCAAAAGAAGCUGCAGCACGACAUGAAGCGCCAAAUCGAGGUCCUCAUCGUCGCACCAAAUGCAUCACGGAUGCCGGAGAAGGCGGCUAUGCAACAGCUGAAGCCAUUCUUUGAGAUACUGCAAGAAUUUGUCAAGGAGACCAACUACAA